GGGGCAGGGAAGGGCAGGCGAGGAAGGGCAGCGCAGGGCAGAGCGGGCGGGAUGCGGGCGGAGGAGCCGCUGGCGCUGGCGGCCCCGCGGGCGGGCGGCGAGGCGGAGGCGGAGGCGCCGGGCGAGGAGCGGACCGGCGGCAGCUGCUGCAGCAGCGAGCGCCUGGUGAUCAACAUCUCGGGGCUGCGCUUCGAGACGCAGCUGCGGACCCUCUCCAUCUUCCCCGACACGCUGCUGGGCGACCCCAGCCGCCGGGUGCGCUACUUCGACCCGCUCCGCAAUGAGUACUUCUUCGACCGCAACCGGCCCAGCUUCGACGCCAUCCUCUACUAUUACCAGUCCGGGGGGCGGCUGCGACGGCCGGUCCAUGUGCCCCUCGACAUCUUCCUAGAGGAGAUCCGCUUCUACCAGCUGGGCCAGGAGGCUAUCGAGACCUUCCGGGAGGACGAGGGCUUCAUCCAAGAGGAGGAGAAGCCCCUGCCCCAGCACCACUUUCAGCGCCAGGUCUGGCUGCUCUUUGAGUACCCCGAGAGCUCCGGGCCAGCCCGGGCCAUCGCCAUCGUCUCCGUGCUGGUCAUCCUCAUCUCCAUCGUCAUCUUCUGCCUAGAGACCCUGCCCGAGUUCCGCCAGGAGCCCAAGGCCCCCCAGCCUGGCUUUGGGGAGGCUGCGCCGCUCGGGGAUGAGGCGCUGCUCCUGCCGCCGCUGCCACCGCCGAGCGGGACCCCCCCACCCCUGCGUCCCGCCGCCGGCUCCGGCCCGUUUUUCACAGACCCCUUCUUCCUCAUCGAGACCCUGUGCAUCAUCUGGUUCUCCUUCGAGCUCCUUGUGCGCUUCUUUGCCUGCCCUAGCAAACCCGAAUUCUCCCGCAACAUCAUGAACAUCAUCGACAUCGUGGCCAUCAUCCCCUACUUCAUCACCCUGGGCACCGAGCUGGCCCAGCAGCAGCAGCAAAAGCAGCAGCCUGGGAGCAGCAGCAACAAUGGGGGCCAGCAGCAAGCCAUGUCCCUGGCCAUCCUCAGAGUCAUCCGCCUGGUCAGAGUCUUCAGGAUCUUCAAGCUAUCCAGGCACUCCAAGGGGCUGCAGAUCUUAGGGAAGACUCUCCAGGCCAGCAUGAGGGAGCUGGGCCUCCUCAUCUUCUUCCUCUUCAUUGGGGUGAUCCUCUUCUCCAGUGCUGUCUACUUUGCAGAGACUGAUGACCCUGACUCACUGUUCACAAGUAUCCCUGAUGCGUUCUGGUGGGCGGUGGUGUCCAUGACCACCGUAGGCUAUGGGGACAUGUAUCCCAUGACCAUUGGUGGCAAGAUUGUGGGCUCCUUGUGUGCCAUUGCUGGUGUGCUGACAAUUGCCCUGCCUGUACCUGUCAUUGUGUCCAACUUCAACUACUUCUACCACCGAGAGACUGACCAUGAAGAGCAGUGCCAGUACACCCAUGUCACCUGUGGCCAGCAACAGUCACCCUUCUCUGAGCCCAAGAAGGGGGACAGUAAUCAGACCCUCAGCAAAUCUGAAUUCCUGGAAGCAGAAGACCUGGAGUCCGUGAAAUAUUCCAACUUCAUUCCUCCCAAUAACCAGGGAUAUAAAGAGAAGAAAAUGCUGACAGAGGUGUGAUGGGUUUUGUUGUCCUGGGUCCAGACACGGAGCUGCAAGCUGCUUUUACAGUUUGUCUUCCUACAAGCAGCUGGAUCUAUUCAGCAUUUACAUGCCAGACUGUGAAUUGUGAUACCGUAAACAGAAUGAUUGCGAUAAUGGGCUCUUCUGGCCUGAUUUGCUGUUUCUCAUUACUGUGUGCAGCCAGAAAUGUUUUUGCUUUAUUCUGUGGAGUGCUAGCUGUCAUCCCCACUCCCUUGUGCAUUUCUCUCUCUGCUUUUGAUGACUGCUUUAGUCCAUCGUUUGCUCCGAAACCAAGUCUUGUUGCUCCACUAGCA